AGAGAAUGACAAUAAUACAGAAGACCUUCUCUUACUUGAUGUUGUGCCAUUUUCACUUGGUAUGGAAAUAGUUGAAAAGGAUGCAUCCUUUGAUGAAUAUUUACAUUUUUUUUAUGAAAAAUUAUUUCCUUACAAGUUAUUCUUUUGUUGGUUAAAUCAUGGAUCAGAUGGAAAGUCAUUUUGUAAUCGUGAAUUUAGUUAUAAAUUGAGAUCAGGUGCAUACAUAAGAUAUUGUUCAUAUAAUAAUAUCGAAGAUUUCAAAAGUGAUAUUUCAAAAAAAUGCCCAGCAAAAAUUGAUAUUGGAGCAAUUUAUACUACAAGA